GACGCGCGCGAUCGCCCGCUAAGCCGCUCGCCCGGGGCGCCGCUCUUUCUCUUUUCUCUCUUUUUCUCUGUUCGUCUGUCUCUCGCUGAUGCGGCCGCGCUGAGGCCGAUGCAGGCGCCGCCAUGCCGCGCUGCCUCAUGGCCAAGAAGUGGAAGGUGGCCCCGGCGGCGGAGCUGGCCGAGGAGUCCGACGAGGAGAUCGACGUGGUCGGCGAGGGGCGCGGCCGCAGCCCCGCGCCCGCCGCCACCGCCCCGGGGCCUUCGCCCAGAGACCCCGAGCCGACGCUCCUCUACAACGGGUACACCGAGGAGCAGCCUUCCACGCAGUUCACCGCGCAGCUCCCGAGUGAGGUGAGCCAGGCCCCCGCCGGCCCCGCCCCCGCUCCUCAGCCGGCGCUUCAGCCUCUAUCCUAUGCCCUUCUGCAACUCUCCGCCUCCGACUCGACAGACCCGCCCUUCCUCCAGGUACAGCUCCAGUCUUCGCCUGUCUCCCCUCCUCCGCCACCGGCGAGCGGCAAGUCCAUCUCCAUGUGCUACACCAGCACGGGUGCCAUCCUCUCUCUGCCACCCAAGAAGAAAGAUAUCUACCGGCCGUACUGCCUCGUGGACCGAGCGGCACAUCUCAACCGGCCCGAGGAGGACCUCAACGCGGCGCAUGCCAUCCUCGACCUCAGCCAGCACCCCGUGUUCCUGUCGCCGCCACGCGUGGAGCCGGCGCCCCCCGAGCCGCCGCCGCCGCCCCCCGUCGAGCCUUCGCCGCCGCCGCCGCAAUCACCGCCACUGCCUCUGCCGCUCCCGCAGCCGUCUGAACAGCCCACGCAAGAGCUCUCCGCUGAACGACCGCGAGAGACUAUCGCAUAUACAUAUGAUGCAUUUUUCGUGAGUGAUGGCCGCUCCAAAAGGAGAAAUUAUGCGAAUGCUCCGGUCGAGACAGUACCGCCACCGGAACCCAAAUCAAAAUAUACGUGCAGUGAAUGCGGCAAGCGGUACGCGACGUCGUCGAACUUGUCGCGACACAAGCAGACGCACCGCAGCCUGGACUCGGUGGCGGCCAAGCGCUGCGGCGAGUGCGGCAAGGCGUACGUGUCCAUGCCGGCGCUGGCCAUGCACGUGCUGACGCACCAACUGUCACACGUGUGCGGCGUGUGUGGGAAGUUAUUCUCGCGACCGUGGCUACUGCAAGGACACCUGCGUUCUCACACGGGAGAAAAACCUUAUGGCUGCGCGCACUGCGGCAAAGCUUUUGCGGAUCGAUCGAAUCUGCGUGCACACAUGCAAACACAUUCAGCAGAUAAAAACUUUGAGUGCACACGAUGCCACAAAACAUUUGCACUCAAGAGCUACCUCAAUAAACACCAAGAGUCGGCGUGCGUGCGCGACGACGACGACGAGUCGCCUUCGCCCGAACCUGCCGCGCCCGUAUCCGCGUCCGGCUAAGGGCGACACCGCGCGACGCAACUAGGGACCGUAACCACCGCCGAAUGGUUAACUCGUAAACGUAAAGUAUUAAUAUGAAUUUAGCUUGUUAGCGUAAUAUAUAAAAUUUACAAUAUGAAAGAGGAGCGAGCGCG